UCUUGUACUGUUCUAUAAAUGACUUUACCAAUCACUCAUACUCAUACUCAUACUCAUACUCAUGAUCACUCACUCAUACUGAAAUCGAAACCGAAAGAAAUGGAUCAAAAAAAAGAACAAAAACCACACUGCCUAAUCCUGCCAUAUCCACUCCAAGGCCACAUAAACCCUAUGAUCCAAUUCUCCAAACGCUUAGCCCACAAAGGCAUCACAAUCACCUUCGCCGUACCACAAGGCCUCCUCACCUCCUCCACCGCCGUCGACGACAUCGCCGUCGUCAUCUCCGACGGCUACGACUCCGCAGCCGCCAGAGCCGGCGCCAGCCCUCAGGAGCGUCUACUCAGCUUCAAAACGGCCGGGACGGAGUCAACGUCCCGACUCAUUGAGAAGCUUCGAGAAGGGGGCCGGGCCAUGGACUGCGUCGUCUGCGACGCCUUCGUGCCGUGGGGGCUGGCCGUGGCGAAGGGUAAGGGGCUGUUUGGUGCGGCCUUUUUCACGCAGACGAGCUCUGUGAAUGUGAUCUACUACAAUGUGUUUAAAGGGUUGCUCAAAGUUCCGGUUUCGGAGAAGGAGAUCGUGCAGCUUCCCGGGCUGCCGCCGUUGGAGGUCUCAGAUCUGCCGUCGUUUGUUGUUGAUUCGGAGAAGUAUCCGGGCGUGUUGGAGCUGAUGGCGGGUCAGUUUGAAGGUGUAAAGGAUUCUGAUUUCGUAUUCGUUAACUCGGUUUAUAAGCUCGAGGAAGAGGCAAAUAAUUGGAUGAAAAAAUCAAUGUCAGUUAAAACAAUUGGUCCAGCCAUACCUUCCAUGUACCUAGACAAAAGAUUGCAACAAGACACAAAUUAUGGUCUUAGUUUGUUCAAGCCAGAUGACACUUGCAUGAAAUGGCUACAGCAAAGAUCACCUAAAUCAGUUAUCUAUGUCUCCUUUGGUAGUAUGGCCAAAUUGGACAAGCAUCAAAUGGAGGAAUUGGCAACAGCCCUUAUGCUAAUUGACAAACACUUCCUAUGGGUGGUCCGAUCCUCGGAGGUGUCGAAGCUCCCGGAAAAUUUCACGGACGAGGCCUCGGGUAAGGGACUAAUCUUGUCAUGGUGCUCGCAGCUUGAGGUACUUGCCCAUGAAGCCGUAGGAUGCUUUGUAACGCACUGUGGGUGGAACUCGACUCUGGAGGCACUGAGCCUCGGGGUCCCGAUGGUGGGGGUCCCGUGGUGGAGUGAUCAGGCUACGAAUGCCAAGUUUGUGAUGGAUGUUUGGAAGAUGGGAGUGAGGGCUUGUCCUAAUGAAGAAGGUGUUGUUGGGCAUGAGGAGUUGGUUAGUUGUGUGAAGCAUGUGAUGGAGGGAGAGAGAGCGGAAGAGAUAAGAGAGAAUGCAAUGAAAUGGAAGGAGUUGGCAAAGGGAGCUAUUGAUGAAGGGGGAAGUUCGGAUAGAAAUAUUGAAGAAUUUAUUUCUACUCUGUUGGGUGGGCAAGUAUCAUAAAGUAAUCAAAUUCUUGAUUAAUAUAUCUUCAAUAAACGGGACAUAUACUCGAGUGGUUCGAUGUUACUCGUUCUCUUUGUAUUUGGGGGAUCUUUGUUUUUGUGUGUUGUUACUGCUUUUGCUUUUCAGUGUUUUUGAUGUGGCUAUUAUUCGCCGCUUAGAUAAUAAUUGGAAUGAUGUUUGUCUCUUUUUA